AUGGAUAACACCCCAUCAAUAUCCGCUAUACCCUGCCCAUAUCUCAACCGUGAAGACGAAGAGGAAGACGAAGAACCCUUUGAGAGACCCCACGACUGCUCAUUCCCCGCAACGAGCAUCAACUGGACCUCACCCACCACGCGCCGGAAAGAGUAUGCAAAGAUCGAUCGGUCUAGCAGGGGCAUCCGGGGCGUUUUGAGGACAUUAACUCCUAAGUGGCUUUCCAAGCCAUCGUGGACGCCUUUCUACGACGGAACGAAUGACUCGGAUGUUGGUAGCGUGCGGCGGUAUCGGCUUGAGCUGUCCGACGACGAGGAUCUUGCGGAUGAGAAGGCUAAUGGUACAAGAACCUCCCGACUAGAUCGAAGUCGUUCUUGGGCAUGCUACUGA